CCGUAUUCUGAGACCAAUUUUAAUUCUUUUGCAUUGUCGAGUAGCGGAAAAUCAAUUUACGAUUCCGUUGUUCUCACGUAUCGCAGUCACUAACAAAGCCUAGUUCUACUUGUUUUGUUCUAAUUCUCCCGUCGAACCUGUGCCCGCCGCUACUUAGUGUCUACCUGUCAACGUCGCUACCAAUCUAGUGGGCGCCACUCGUCGUCAUCGCCUGGCACCUUUCUACCCGGGGCCGCCAACCCACCCGCGUAUGCAGGCUACAUUGAGCGUUUUGAAAACUAUGUUGCAGCAAUAGACCUAUAGUCUAUACCGUUUACUUGCUGUCUUUUGUCACAAUGAACAACAACAUUCCCGGGAGGCCAUAUCCCAAUCAAACAAACGUCGCAACACCCUCGAACCCGUACCAGACGAACAUCGGCAGGUCAAAGACGAGGAAAUGGGUGACUGCUCCCACGCAGAAUUACGAUGGCGACGAUUGGGGUAACGACUUUGACGAUGAGCCGGAGGAGCCGGCACCACCUCUCCCGGGGCAGGGGACAGGACGCCAUGGAAUGAACCAAGCGACCGCCCCGGCUCCGGACAUGCGCUCAUCGCUUCCUUCAUCUGGAGCGCGCAACACAUCGGGCCCGCCGAGUUUGCAACUUCAAACACAACCGCACACGGGCAGAAUCUCCACAGGAGCGCUGCCAUCAGAUAAAAGUCGUUCGUUCACAGCCGGCGGCCUGGGCGGGCCAGUGGGAUCUGCUGCUCAAUCGCCAGUCCUUCAUUCGGCGCCAGCAGUCCAAAGUCCUCCACCGUUUUCGAAUCUUCCCUCCCGGCAGGGCACCGCAUCUCCGAUAGUUGCAUCCCCUAGCAGCAUGACGGGCGGCUUUCAGAGCGCUCGCGCAACCGAGCAAAACUUCCCUGCGCGCAAGAGCAGUCUCGAUACGAAGGAAGGGACACCGGAUUUGACCAUUGGGCCUCGGCCGCAAGACGGGCUCGGCUCGCAGUCCGACUCCAGACCUACCUCUGGACACGUCAAGCCUUGGAUGGAGCCGCGCUCUGCUUCUCCUCAAGGGCCACGCUCGCCUCCGGGAAGCAUCAAGUCGCCAUCCUUGAUUCGUCCCUCGGAUAUUUAUCGCCGCAUGGGAGAAGAGAAAGAAAAGAAACGCCAAUCUCUCGAUUCGAGCAGGCCUAGCGUGGACAGCGCAACGGGUAGGCCGGGAACUGUCGAGAGGGCAGAGUCUCCUGUAAUAAAAUCGCCAGUAAAUCGUACUGAUGCGCCUGUACAAGGUGGGCGAUCUAGCUUUGAUAAAGAAAACGCAGCUGCUCAGUCUCCCCGCACUGCCAAAGCUGCUGGCCUCGCAGCCGUAGCUGAGCGCAAGAGCGAAUAUGGCUUAGAUGGCUUUGCCAGUGGGUCUGGUCCAAAGUACCUAGAGUUGGAUUUUGGUACAGAAAACCGAGAUGCCAAAGAUGAGACGGAGAUGGUCAAAACCGCGUCUAACCCCACCGAUACAGCGACCAGUGGCGCUGCAAGCGCUGAAGGGUCAGCAUUGUUUUCGCAGAAACCGGACAAGUUGCAUGAUGAGAUGUCAGCAGCAAGCACAGCCAAAACAGUUGAAGAUCGUGUUGGAAGCGCUAAAGAGCCCCAAACGUUGGCUGCAGCCACUGCAAAAGAAAGUACAGUUGUUUCCACGGGUGACAGGGACAUGAUGAGCAGCUCAGGCCAAGAUGCAAAGCCUGCCGCACAGACGGAUGCCACGCAAGAUGAAGACCGGGAAAACGAAUUGAGACGUUAUUCCAGCAGCCCAAAGUUGCCCGACUUUGCAAGAAUGUCAUCAUUCGGGUUCGACUUUCUCAGCACUUCUGCCAUUGAUGAGGAUAAGCCGCCUGUUCCAGUGAUUGCCAAAGAGCAUGGAUUGUCAGCUCAGCCGCCGCUUGGUCUCAAAGCCACGACAGAGGAGGUUUCCAAGCCGGCAGAGUUGAAUGAGACAAAGAAGGAGCAGAAAAUUGAAGCAGAGCCGCAGCAUGCGCAAGUUUCGGAGAAAGACGGUGGCAAUAUGGAUGUGACAAAAUUUCCCAAGGAGGAAGGCACGAUAGGCCGCGUGUCUCCCGCAUUGUCAAAGAGCUCAAGCCCCACACCAGAGACCAAGGAUGUAAAUGCCGACAACCAAUCCCUCGGAUUGGAACUGGCAGUCGACAAACGGGCCCCGGCCGAGUUGGCAAGAAAAGUGUCGCAGAGAAAACCUGUCCCGUCGCCCCCGAUCGAACCGGUUGCAAGAACUGGCACAAUGGACACAACCACUGCCGUGAAGGAGAGCGACAAGCUCACAGACGAGAUAAUCAAGUCCUUGAGUCCCCAGGUUGAAGCCAGUGACACUUUGGGUGUCGGAAAACCUCUUGGCGAUUCGGUACCACGGGAAAGCGCCUACCUCGGGGAUGUGUACGACUAUUAUGGUUCGUUCGAUGAGAAGGCCGCCGAAGAGGAAGAGCCUGUUCCACAGAAGAAACUCGACAGUCGGCCAAACUCUCCGCUCAAGGGCAAGGUGCUGCCAGCAACCCCCAACCUGGACGAUGAUAUGCCGGAUGGAUCCAUGAGCCCAAAGCCUUUGAACACACACAAGAAACAAUCAUCUGUCGACACUUCAACCAAACUGCGUCAGAGGUUUUCUUGGGAGGCCGGUAAGGAGGAGGUCAACUCUCCGUCCAACCCAGAUCUCCCAGCCCUGGUAGUCCCAACGGAGUCCGAGGCCAGCCCAGAGCUGCCUGAGCCCAAGAGCCUGACAAUCGUUCCUCCUACUCAGCCUGACAAUAUGCUACUGUCGUCACCCAUCUCGCCUGCCGGGGAUAACUCUGCGAUAAGCCCGAUUUCAUCAGCUUCGUCAAACUUGGAACGCUUGAUCUCCGAGUCGAGUAUUCUUCCCCCUGGAACCCAGACGGCUCCAUUUGAGUUACCAUCUCCUGUUUCGGCUUCCUCGGACAACCGAAACACAUCGGUGGCACAAGAGCCAAAUAAGAAAACUUUGGCCGAAGAGAAGGAGGUCAUGACAAUCGCGACUAGCCCAGUGGAGGCUGAGCACCCAGCGUUGUCACCAACAGCGACAACGGAAGAUUCUCGCGACGAACAGCAGCCAAGCACACCGAUAAACAUCGCACCAGGCUUGGCAAGUGUUGCCUUACAACAGACACCCGAGUCGCCGAGCGUCAAGAUUUGGACAUUCCGGGAGAUAAUGGCACUACCGACCUCGGAAGAGCGCGUAGAACGCAUGAUAGAAACGCGCAAUAUCUUUGCCAAGCUCGACUCUGGCCUUGCGCCAUGGCUUGGUGCCAUGACUGCUGGUCCGGAGCACGCAAAUGCUUCAUCUUCACUCAGAGAAGACGUGACCAACUUUGCUGGUGGUAACAGUGAAAACCAGCGAGCAGGAGGGACAGCAGCGCAUUUGACACAGCCGCAACCAUAUUACCAGCAGUACGUCAAUGCAAGCAGCACAAAUUUGGCAUCCUCAGGUGGAGGUGAAACUACUAGCCGUCCUCUUAGCGGUACGCCGAAUCUCUCGCAGCUCACGAGUGAGUUCAGGCAUUCCGGUGGCCAGGUGGGUGCCAAGGGUAAGGAGUUUUUGAAGUCAGCCGGCAAGGCAGGCAAAGGUCUGUUCAGCAAAGGAAAGAGCAAAUUCCAGACUGCUCGGGAAGAAUGGAAAUAAGUUCUGGGUACUGGUACAAUUUAUUGUGGACGUUUCCUCUUUUAUUUUAUUUUUUGAUAUGGUCGACCGGCGGCUCAUCUUCGGUAUACCUUUGAUUUCUUUUAUUACUCUAUUGUCUACCUAAGUAUUCCGUUCAUACUUUGUUACAUUGUUUGAUGAGGUCAGGAUUGGGGUGCGGAAAUGGAAACGGGAUGGAAAGCGAUUUGAUUCUUUUUUAUUGGUCGUACCAGCACCAACAAAUGCCAUCAAGCGAAACCUGCACUUGACCCUCAAUUUACGCUUCGGUUCUAGAACUGGAGGCGGGCAUAGCCGCGACAACAACGUCUUACGAGACAUGCCUUUAAUGUAC